UUUUUUUUUGGAGUUUCACAUAGUUUUGGUUACCAAGAUCUUAUUCUUAUUGCAGAUGGAUAAAACUUCUGUCCUUGGAGAUGCUAUCAUUUACUUGAAACAUCUUCAGGAAAGAGUGAAGACGCUCGAGGAGCAAGUUGCGCAACAAACCAUGCAAUCUGUCGUUCUUGUGAAGAGAUCACAGCUUUUGGUUGAAGAUGAAGGAUCUUCUGAUGAUACGGGUGGCCCUGAUGAGCAGCCACUCCCGGAAAUAGAGGCAAAAAUGUGCAAUAGGAACAUUCUUCUCAGGAUUCACUGCGAAAAGCAUAAAGGGGUUCUGGUUCAAAUUCUUUCCGAGGUAGAGAAACACAAUCUUGCUGUCAUGAACACGUGUGUGGCUCCGUUCGGAAAUUUGGCUCUUGAUAUUACCAUAAUUACUGAGAUGGAAAAAGAAUUCAGCCUGACGAUCCAAGAAUUUUAACUAAUUCUUG